UCUCAUUCGCUAGUUUUUUAAUAAUUAUUAAUUCGAUAGAUAGCCGUAGAGUGUUGUGCACCACAAUCUGUCGUAUUUUUGUCCAAUUUUUGAGGAUUGUCAACAUUUAAACUACGAUUUCACCAUGGGGGAAGGUUCAUCUCGCGACGACAGGACUAUUUAUGUAAAAAAUCUAGACAACAAAGUCACUGAAGAGGUUCUUUUUGAGUUGUUUUUGCAGGCUGGACCCUUAGUUGGUGUGAAGCGCCCGACAGACUCUGAUGGCAAUGCUCGACCCUUUGCCUUUGUUGAAUUUGAGCACGAUGUGUCGCCCCCCUAUGCCCGCAGUCUCAUGGACGGCAUCAGGCUGUUUGGCCGCAGCAUCAACGUGCAGUUCCGCAGUGGUAGCAGGCACUCUCAGGGCUCACAGGGAAAUAACAGCCCCUCAGCAACUCCCCCUUACAAUACCAGCGGCGGGCAGAGCCCGGCCCCCAAUGGCUUCCAAAGCUUCCCGACCCCACCAAUGGUCCAGCGGUCUAUGUCAGCUCCACAGGGGCUGCUGGGUGUGGCGCCGGGUCUUCCUGGCUUUGGAAUGCCAUCCCCGCUCAUGGGCAAUCUCCCGCCCCAGGGUUUCUUUCCCGGAGCUGGACCUGGCAUGGUGUCGCUGAUGCAGCAGCCGCAGUUCAAUGUACAUUUGAAUGGACAGCCCAUGCAGCAUCUCCAAGAUCGUCGUGAUGAAACACCGAAUCAACAUCGUCAUUACCAUCAGGGAAGAUCCUCCCAGGAGCACCAGCGUUCGCACCAGCGUUCACACCAAGGCACCGAGGAGGAACAGAAAUCGCGGUCCCAUCACCGGGAUGGUCAUCGCCAUGGACAGAGUGGCAGUGGCCACCAUGACGACCGUUACCAUGGCGACAGAGGACAGCACAGUGAAGAGAGGAGACACGGAAGCUCGCAACGUCAUCAUUCUCACCAGCAGCAUCGUCAGGAGCGAAGGGAUCAUCCAUACAGAAGAUAGGGGUAUUGCCAAGCCUUGCCAAAGAAGAGUAAUAGUUUCUUCUCGCCAUUCUCACUUGACUUGGAAAAUGUGGCCAACUUCUACAAAAUAUUGGCCAACUUCCACAAAAUAUUGGCCAACUUCCACAAAAUAUUGGCCAACUUCCACAAAAUAUUGGCCAACUUCCACAAAAUGAGAGAAAUAUGGUUUUUGGCUGUUUGUGGUUUGUUCAAGUACAAUCCUUAAAAAAAAAAAGGCUCCUAAACUAAAGGCUGUUUUGAUGGUUUUAUGCCCCAACCAGGCCAUCAGUCUUAACUUACAUGUAGGUUGGGCUCGUCCCAGCUAAAGUGGCCCAACUGGAAUACAGGAGUUGAGACAGUCCCAGUAUGCCAUGUAUGCUUUUGUACAUGUACUGUAGGUUGGGACCUUGGCCUACAUGUAGUUAGGGCAUUGCAAUAAUUAUCCUACUGCUCCAUAAUCCACGUUAUUUGAGACGAAGUCACGUUUUUGCUGUAAAAAUUUGCAACAUUAUGAACAUAUGAGAAUUCCAGAAAAUGCUGAAAGGGCAUGAUGUCCAAACUUUAUUGCUGGAAUAUCCCAUUGGAGUAUCUUGGUUAUUCCAUUGUUUGGGGUUUUUCAGAUGAGGAGGGCUCCUACAAGUAGAAAAUGUUUGAAUUUUUUAUUUGUUUUAAUUUGUUAUAAUCAUGUUGUACUUUAGACAUGUAGAAUAUGCUUUGGAUGUUGCCUUCUACUCUGUCUUUAGGUAUUUAAAGGUCUAGUACAUGUACAUGACAGAGGAGUUGGCUUUGCUGUUCAAGUGCCAAGUGCAGAUGAGAACUUCUCAAACUCUUCCACCGAAUCUUAAAAUUAGUCACUUACAAAGUUUGCGCCGGAGGCUGUGUAUACAAUGUACACGCUAAAGUUUUGCGGUAUUCCCAACGGAUGACAGAUAAACACACCCGGGAGCGAGGCCAAACAUAUCUGCAGCGACCCGCUCACAGUGAGCGAGGCCGGACAUACAUGUAUGAGUGUGCUGCCCAAGGGUGAUGGCUUCAACCCGCCUGGCUUGAUGUCGAGUGAAAAGUAAUCCCAUACCUUGUUCUGUUUUUGUCAAAAUAAUCCCGGCGUGAACUGGUUAAAAAGUUGACUGUACUGUUCUGUCCGACAUAAAACUGGCACUCGGCUAUUGCGUUGCAUGUCUAUCCCUCUACCAAGGUUCAUGAAAAGAGUGAUACUUUGAACAUGGAGAAAGGAAUCGAGUCCAUGUUUAAUUUGGUUGGGAAUGUACAUGUAGUAAUGUGGACCAAGUUAACAACUUUUAAUUUACUUGAUUUUGUGCAUAAUUUUGUGUUUACAUACUCAACAUGGGCUUUGUCUCUUUUGGAGGUUCUCAUUUUCUCAGUUUUCCUGAUACUGGUAUCAUAUCUGUUCAUACCGUUUUGUUAAUAUUUUUUUUAAUGGAUACAUGAUGAAAUAAAGUCAUUAAUCAAUAUUCAAAAACAGA